UCAAGAACAGCCCCGUUACAAAGACAGAACAGACGCACCACAACACCUGAGACGUGCGUGUUUAUUUCCCACUACACGCUUUACUGGUGACCUGAGGGGCGUGUGUGGGCGUGAGACAUGGCGCUGCGGGCGGUGGGCGGCGCGGUGAGGCGGGCGGUGUUGGGUGUGAGCGGCGGGCGGGCCAUAGUGACACCCACACUCAUGCCGGCUAUUACAGCCAUGAGCCAUCCACAGCCACAUCGCCACUAUGCCAUGCGCCAGGAAUUGACAGAGCAUGGCAUUGUGUGGAGACGGCCGCAGCGCAUCGAGUCCUGGAAGCCUGCUAAAUCUGGGGACCUGUCGCCCUACGUGGAGCCGCAGGACGAGAGGGUCAAGGCAAAGUUCUUGGCUGUUAAGGAAGCACUUGAUGGCGUUGAUGAUGUAACACGGCAGCUCCUGACCCUGAAGUUUGGCACCAGGGCGGAGAAAGUGAGGGUGACCAGAUAUAACGUUAUGAGAGACAUCCAGCGGCACCAGUACGACACGGGGUCACUAGAGGUCACCAUUGCCAUGCUGACAGUGCGCAUCAGGAAGGCUCAGCAAGUCCUCCUGACCAGCAAGAAGGGAAAGAAACACACAGUGAGGCAGCGCGUGACCCUUGACGAGACCAUUGCGCGACGUAAGAAGCUGCUGAAACACCUGCGCCGAAUGGACUACAAGCGCUUUGAGUGGCUCAUUAGCAAGCUGGACAUCCUGUACCGCCCGCCCCCAAGAUACGUGCGGUGGGUGACUCGUAAAAUCUCGCUGCGGAAACUGGUGCGAGAAUACGGCCAUGCGCUGCGAACAGAGAGACUCGCAGCCUACCGGGAGCAGCUGGAGGGGCAGAAGAAGACGUUCCUGAAGGAGAAAGAGGAGGCACUGGAGUGGAUCGCCAAGACGGAGGAGGAACUUGGAGUGCCGGUCUCUGUAGAAGUGCCAGGAGGGAAGUCUGGGGUGGGAUCUGCGUAAAAUGUGUUUAUUUUCUUUUUGUAGUUUUUGUUUUAUUCGUAUUUUUUCAUCUUCCUCUUCUUUUUUUCAUCUUCCUCUUCUUCUUUUUCUUGUUGUCGAUUUUUUUCUCUUCCUCCUCCUCCUCCUCCUCCUCCUCUUUGUUCUUUCUUUGUUUUCUUUUUUGUUUGGUUUGUUAUUCUGUAGGUAAUUUCUUUCUUCCUCUUCUUCUUUUUCUUGUUGUCGAUUUUUUUCUCUUCCUCCUCCUCCUCCUCUUUGUUCUUUCUUUGUUUUCUUUUUUGUUUUGUUUGUUAUUCUGUAGGUAAUUUCUUUCUUUCUUCUUCUUCUUCUUCUUCUUCUUCAUUCUGUAAUCUUGUAAUCUAAGUGUGCCUGUUGCUGUUUUUUUCUCUUUUCUUUGUUUUCCUCUUCUUCCUCUUCCUUUUCCUUGUCUCUCUCCUUUUUCACUUCUCUUAUUUUCUUUUCCUCCUUCUCCUCCUUCUUUCUUCUUUUUUUUCUGUUCCUCCUCCUCCUUCUCCUCCUCCUUUCCCUUUUCUUAUUCCUCAUUCUUCUCCUCUUUUCCUCCUCCUCCUCUGUCUCUUUUUUUUUCAUCUUUUCUUCUUUAUCUUCAUUUAAUUGUUCUUCCUCUUCUUUGUUUUCCUCCUCCUCCUCUUCCUCCUUUCCAUAUUUCCAUCACCUUUUUCUUUCAUAUUUUCUUUAUUAUCAUCAUUCUUUCAUUCAUCAUUCUUUCAUUCUUUUCUUUAUCAUCACCUACUCUAUUCCUGUCUUUAAUUUCCUUCCUUCCUUCUUUUUUUUCAAUGUUUAUAUUUAUUUUCUUUCUCUUUGUCUCUCUCUCUCUUCCCUUGGCCACAGGAUAAUGCGAUCAAUUAAUUUCUUUUGUAAAUAAAUAGUUGAUUCUACAUACAUAUA